AUGAUGCAUGCCGUGGAGCGUGAAUCAACGGACUCUAAGUCUAAGUGAAUCGGUACUGGCAACGACGACGUAUCACCCUCGGGAAUGUAAACCGGUGGAGUUUGUCUUCUUCUUCUUCUUCGUCACUGUCGGUUUCGAUUUUCAUAACCGUUCCAAAAUUAGGGUUACUGUUUUGGAUUAUUAUUAAUUCAAAUCAGCUAAGAAAAGAGAAAAAAAAAAAAAAAAAGUGGUCAUCGCCUAGUCGACUCGGCUCCAACUCGCACUAGGAAUGAGCAACAUUUGAGGAAAAUGAUGUGUCAAGCUAUUCAUAAUUGGACAUUUUCCGAGCUAGUGGGUGCAUUUCUUGAUCUCUCUAUAGCAUUUUUUCUGCUUUGUGCAUCAAGUAUUGCUUUUUUUGUCUCGAAAUUUCUGGGUUUGUUUGGAUUGGGUCUACCAUGUCCUUGUGAUGGACUUUUUGGGAACCCCAGGAAUAGCUGCUUGCAAAGACAAUUGGUUGAUAGCCCAUUUCAGAAAAUCUCUUCGGUUCAGACGUCAGUGAAGAGCAAGUUCCCUUUUGAUUCGAUAUGGCCUGAAUACCAUAGUGGGACUUCAAAUGUUAAGUUGGUGAAUGAGGGAAUGCAUGAGUUUGAACAUGGUGAAUUGGCAGGUGGAGCAACGAGUAGCUCUUUUCUGGAAAAGAGGUUUCGAGAUUUGAAUGCAAGAGAUUCUGUUGCCAGGAGUGGACGGGACUUAAGUCUUGGUGUGGAGAAUUCAGCAUCUGAGAAGGAAGGACAGGUUGAUCUUAAGGGGAAGGGGGUUGAGAGUUGGAGGCCAAGACAUGGUCUGCGACGCCGUCGUAAAGGAGUUUCUACUUACAAUGGUAAUCGAUUGUCGGUUUCAUCGUAUGACACACUUCAGUCAGAGGCACAGUAUAUUCCUCAAUCUCCUUCCAGUAUCAGUAAAUUGAGGAAUGAGGUUGAAGUUCCUGUUAGUUAUGGAGAUGGUGAACAAGCUCCAGCAGAUGUGAGUUUGCCGGAAAGAGUUUCUCAAUGUCUUCAAUUGAGUGAUUCUGCGGAUGAAAAUAGGACAAUUGAAACAGAUGUAUUAGCUGUUAAAGGGUUUAGGUGCAAUGAGCAAGAGAAUUUCGGUUUUGAUAAUGAUGAGAAAAGUAUGAUUAGAGUCUUGGAACAAGCACUAGAAGAAGGGUAUGCUGCUCGUGAUGCCCUUUACCUUGAACUUGAGAAGGAAAGAAGUGCUGCUGCUACUGCUGCAGAUGAGGCCAUGGCCAUGAUAUUGCGCCUACAAGAGGAAAAGGCAUUAAUAGAAAUGGAGGCAAGACAGUACCAGAGGAUGAUUGAAGAGAAAUAUGCUUAUGAUGCUGAAGAAAUGGAUAUACUCAAAGAGAUUUUAGUAAGAAGAGAGAGGGAAAAACAUUUCUUGGAGAAGGAGGUUGAAGAAUACAGGCAAAUGAUAUUUGGAAAUGAUCGAUUGGAUUCUGGCAUGCAUGAUUUGGGUGCAAUGCAAGCACAAAUCACUUCAUCCUAUUCAUCUGAGGAACCAAUAUUUAUUCUCCAGCAGGUAAGUGAGUCUGCAGAGAAGCCAACGUUGAAAAUUACAGAUAGUUCUUCAGAUUAUGGGGCAUCAUCAAUUGAGACCCAAACUAGAACACUUGCUUCUGGGAAAAAAUUACCUGUUUUGAAAUUGGAUGCGGAUUCUGAACCUUCCAAAGAAGGGGAUGUAUAUGCACAUCCAAGUUUUGACGGUCAUGUUUAUCACUCCAGUAAUAAGGAGGUAAAUUAUGAGUUUCAAGAGAAAAGUGUCAUAUCCAUGGAGGAGAAUCCAAUUUGUGACGAGGUGCUGAGGCAAGGGGCAGGUAAUACUGAGGGGCGUGGGAAAACUACUCCCCCAUUUGUGAAAGAACAUGAUCAAACUGGCAGCACUAGUUUGUUCCAAGAGUUUGGUUCAAAGACAUCUGAUAUUUCUAAUGAAAAUGAAUGGGAUUGGAAAGGUGAAAAGAUACCAAGUUUAGUGCUUGAUACAGAAUCAUGUGUUUAUGACGUUCAUGUUAUUGACGAAGAAAUUUUGCAUAAUAAAUUGAGUGCAGACAAAAAUGAACAGCUAUUAGUGAGUGCUACCUUGGAUGUUCCAAUAAAAUGUGAUAGUCCAACUUUGAGUAGGGUGGAAACAGAACAUGACAAGAAUGGUAGUAGUUCACGUGUAACUGGUGGAUUGCCACCGAAGGUUUCCUCAGGUGGGAAAGCAUUGCUAACUGAUUUACGCAGAAAUUCCAUGUCUGCAAUUGAUUAUGAAAGAGUGAAAAUUGACAAUGAAGUUGAGUGGCUUAGAGAAAGGUUAAGGAUUGUGCAAGAGGGAAGAGAGAAGCUUAACUUCUCUGUGGGGCACAAGGAAAGAGAAAAAAUACAGUUGCAACUUCUGGAGGACAUAGCAAGCCAGCUUCGAGAGAUUCGGCAAUUGACUGAGCCUGGGAAGGCAGUGCGCCAGGCUUCAUUGCCUCCUCCAUCUUCUAAGGUCACGUCAAAGAAAAGAAGAUGGCGCAGUGCAUCUCUUGGAGUCCAUAGAAGCUCUUGAGGUACAAGAGUUGAAGCUCUAGAGUUGGGACUGGUUACCUGGGCUAGGACGAUAUCAUCUUCUAAUGACAUUCCACUUGACACGGAUGUUCUGAGGUAAUCUGAAAAGGGAUAUGGAUGUAAAGCAGAUAGAGUAAACUAGAAAAGUAUGUUAGUUCUUGUUUUGUAUUUGAUCAGAGGAGGUAUUGGUUUGUUUCCUUCUUAUAGGUUUAGCGUCUGAGUUUGACUUUUAUUUUAGUCCUGUAGAUACCUCAUGAGCAGCAAAUUUUGGAUAACAGUUUGUCAGUCACUGGAGAAAUAAAAUUCUUUCCUAAAAUGUAUCAAGUGUAUAAUGGCAUUAGUUUUGACGUUAUAAAUGGUAAUUUUUCUUCUGAGA